AUGACUUGUCAUAAUGUCUCCUGUGGAGAGGAUGAGGAGUGUAAGCUUAUUAGGGGUGUUCAAGGUUGCCAUACCAAACCCAAAGUGGCACACUGCUCUGUUGAUGGAUCCCACUACACCACGUUUGAUGGACAGGCAUUUGAAUUUCACGGUUCAUGUAACUACACUCUGGUGCAGACGUGCCCUCUCAAGAAAAUGGAUGUGGUGCCUGUUUUGAUUGCUGCACAGGGCAGCCACAGGGAGGGCAGGCAGAUCUACCUGCAAGUCAAUAAAAUGUAUUUGAAGACGUCAACAGCUUUUCCUGGAAAAAUUCAGGUAAAUGGAGUUUAUGAGAAUCUGCCAUUCUCCCAGAACAAUGUCACUGUACAUCAGAAAAAUGGAUGGAUAACCAUCAGGACCCGACAGUCACUUGAGCUUAUUUCAGACCUACGAAACCACAUUCAGGUCAAGAUUCCCAACAUUUACUACCAGACUACCUGCGGCCUUUGUGGAAACUACAAUAAUAAUCCUUUAGAUGACCUGCAGCUGCCCAAUGGCACCGUGAUCUCUGAUCUUGGCAUCUUUGGACCAUCAUGGAAGUUAAGUGGUAUUGAAUCAUCAUGCAGCGACACAUGUGACAGCAGCUGUCAACUCUGUCAGUCCCCUCUGCCAGAGUACACCUCUGACCUGUACUGUGGCCUCCUCACACACCCAAGAGGACCAUUCUCCUCUUGUCACCAUUUAGUGUGCCUACAGAAAUACUAUUCGCUCUGCAUGAAAAACCUUUGCGUUGCAAAGGGACAACGCUGGGCCCUCUGUGACGCCCUGUGGGCCUAUGAGGCAGCAUGUAAGGAAGCAGGAGGGAUGGCUGACCUCUGGACAAACACCACUGGCUGUGCUUAUCAGUGUCCUCAAUUCAGCCACUACAGCCAGUGUGCCAAUGCUUGCUCCUCAUUGUGUCCUGAGAUUAACCAGGCAGUGCAGUGCCCCAGAGACUGUGAGGAAGGUUGCCAGUGUGAUAGUGAACACCUUUAUGAUGGCCAUGCCUGUGUACCAGCAGAGCAGUGUGGCUGUGUACAGGACGGGAGGAGGUUUAUGGCCUCUGAGAGCAAACUUCUCCAAAACUGUACUGUUAACUGCACCUGUGGGCCUCCUCUUAUCUGUGAGCAAUACUCAUGUCCUUCACUGCACAGAUGUAUAGUUUUAGAUGGAAUCAUGACCUGCCACAAGGAUGAGCAAAUCCCAGAUCCAUGUGAGAGAAAAUGUGAUAAAACAGAGAAAUGUUCUCUGAGCAAUGGUGUGCCUGUCUGUAAGAGCCAUCAGGGUCUGUGUUGGACCUGGGGAAGGCAGCACUACCACACCUUCGAUGGGCUCAGCUAUGACUUUGAGGGCACCUGUACCUACCUGCUCGCAGCCAGCAAAGGGCCAGCAUGUGGUCUGACACCAUUUAGUGUGUCCAAGAAGAAUGACUGCAAAGGCAAUAGAGCUGCAUCCUCCACACAGGUGGUGACUAUACAAGCUUAUGGGUUCAUCAUCAAGCUCAGUAGUGAAAAGGAGAGCAUACGUGUUAAUGGUCAGCUGACUUACAUUCCUGUUAAUUUGUUGCAUGGCAAGAUUGAGGUCUCUUACAUGGAAGGCAGAACUGUGCUGAAAACUGACUUUGGUAUGCGUGUAGUCUUCGACUGGAACUCCACUGUUCUUGUUACACUGGGCCCACACUACAAAGGCAAAGUUUAUGGGCUUUGUGGCAAUUUUAACGGUGAUAUUCAAGAUGAGUAUCCUGUAACUACACCUGGUUCCCCUCCCAUUAAGACGAGUGUGGAGUUCGCAGAGUCUUACAAGCUCUUUGAUGGGGACCAUAACUGUUGCACUGGUUGUGAACUGGAUGAAGAGGCCUUACUAGCAGAUCCUGCGUCUGACAGCUCUAGUUACAGUAGACGGUGUGAAGUGCUCAUGGAUCAGAAUGGUCUGUUGGCCCACUGCCAUAGUCAUGUCGAUCCAUACUCCUUCUAUGAAAAUUGUGUAGUUGACCACAUUCUUAACACAGAGUUGAAAGUUGCUCUUGACCAAGCCAUAAAGUCUUACUCCAUAGUUUGUGAAGAAUCCAUGGAUGGCUACUACAGUGAAGUGACAGUUGAUGUGCAGUGUCCUCCAAACAGCCACUACAAGACCUGUGGCACAGCCUGUCCUCCAUCCUGUGAAUUUAAUGCCACAUUCUGUAAUAAGAUCUGUGUUCAGGGCUGCUUCUGUAGCCCUGGCUUCAUCAGGAGUCCAGAAGGCUGUGUAAGUCCACAUCAAUGUGGCUGCAUAGGCUCAAGAGGCAAAUACCACAGCCUCAACUCAACUUUCUGGAUCCCAGACAACUGUGGUCAACUCUGUACUUGUGGACCAGCUGCUGGAGAGGUCCGCUGCCAUCCAGCCCAGUGCCCCAGAGGAAUGGUCUGCAAGCAGCUACAUCACAAGAGAGUUUGUCAACCUGAAAAACCCCAGAACUGUACCAUUGUUACUGGGCUGCAUUUUACAACCUUUGAUGGACAUUAUUUUGACUUUAGAGACAGUUGUGCAUAUUCAUUAGUUCAAACUAACUCCAACUUAACUGGUAUAACGCCCUUCAGUAUCACUAUAUCUGAUGCAAGUUGCUACAAAAGACUUUUUCAUAGCCUUACCUUAACACUCUCAGUCUAUGGUCUGGAAGUGGUGGUAAAAAAAGAUGACCCAGGAGAGGUUUUGGUUGAUGGACUGUUUAAGUCUUUACCAUACUCUCACCAGAUGGGCCAUGUAAAUGUCUACCGCACACCUUCAUCGGUUGUCAUUCACACUGAUGUGGGAUUACAGCUGAUCGUCUAUAAUAGCGGUACUCUAAUGGUUAUCCUCCCCAGCAGUUAUGGCUCUUCUGUCUCUGGGCUUUGUGGGAAUGCCAAUGGUGACCCUCAUGAUGACCAAAUGAUGUCCAAUGAAGAGCUUGCCAAAAAUACACUAGAGCUUGCCCACAGCUGGAGGGCUCGUGGAGCAGAGACCUGUAGGUCCAAUUGUUCCUCUGGACAGAAGCAUUGUCGUAUUGAGGCACAGAGGCUUUUUGAAGGCAGUGAUUUUUGUGGGGUGUUGUUGAAUGAGCUAGGACCAUUUGCAGACUGUGCCUCAGGGUUGGAUCCCAAACCUUACUUCCACAGCUGUGUAGUGGAUUCCUGCUCUUUUGACGGACACUACUCAGCACUCUGCAAUUCUAUUGCAUCUUAUGCUGCUGCCUGCCAAGCAGCUCAGCUGCCUGUCAGACAGUGGAGGAGUGACACUUUCUGUGGGUUUAGAGCUUUACCAAAAAUGGCAGCUACAUGA